UACACCUUUGCUUACUCUACCUUUCCAAAAAUGAUGGAAGUUGCCUCUUCAUCCUCUGCUUGUCAAUUUGACAACCUUAACAACAACAACAAUGAGCUCAAGCCAGUCCGUCCAAAACGUGAUUUCCGAUUCAAAGUGAUUGAGGUGCAAAACGGACCAAAAUGGUUUGUGUGGCCAAGCCGCAAUCGUGGAAGUUCGGAAGACGUUGAUGAGAAUGAUAACAAGAAAGUCUCACAGCCACAAAAUAAUGGAUUCGGAGCACUCAGACGUAGUGUUAUCCGCCAGUCGAAAAGGAAACAGGAUCAAGAUGCCAUCGCCGCUCGCACCGCAUCUGAACCAGCCUCAGCUCGUCGUCUAUCCGCAAAAAAAGAGAAAGCAGUGACGGAACCAUUAAAUCAAGUCUCCUCAAUGUUCAAGAUCAUCUCGAUUGAAAAGAAUUGGGAAAGCUUCGACGCUACUGAUAAUGAGGAUAACGAUGAGGAUCUGGAAGACGGAGCCCGCACAGUUUCAGUCAUUUCCUUGACUUCUGUCAUUGAAGGUGGUGAGCGCAGAUGGACUACCUCUAUUUAAAGAGUUUUACCCUCGUUUUCUUACUUCAUUUUCAAUCACUUUCUCUUCACAAUGCUAUAAUGUUUUUUCUCUUCUCUCUUUCGCUUCGGGUCGACCCAAAAUUUUUCUGACAAAGAUUUCCCCCACCUUUCCCACUUCCCAACCAUUUCUGCAUUUCAUCAAUCACAAACUACGUGCUUUAUCAUUUUGUUGAAAACAAAUUGAACAACUAUGUUGGUUCGCUUCGCUUACGAUUACUGUUACUUGUACAAUGCCUGUAAAUUAGAUUGUGUAUCUGAAAAUAAAUUGAUUCUGCUG